AUGGAAGAAUGGCGUGUAUCCAAAAAAUUGGAAACGCUUAAAAUUCUACAAGAACACGCGUUUGACAGCAAUGCUAUUCGGGAAGGCGUCGAAGCGGAUGUUCUUCUUUCUCCAAACUCAACUCACUCGCUUCUUCGAUUCGAUAUAAGGAGAAAUGAGCAUUCCCGCCCAAAUUCGUUCCUUGAGAUCAAAAAUAGCGAACCUCAAGCUGUGGGUGAUGCGUUCCGCGACUUUAAGUAUUGCUUCGGAAUGACAUUUGGACUGUACAAUCUCGAAUUGAAUCGUUAG